AUGCCUCGAGGCGAAAAUUUUUCGCCGCACAAAAACUUGCGAAGAUCGUGUCGCGACCGAACGACACUUUAUUCCAGUUUUCAAGAAAAUGAGCUGGAUGAUUAUUUGGAGGAAGAAGACGGGUAUGGAAGGAGAAGAAGUUCGAGGUCUAGCGGAAAUUGGGUAAAUUUUUGGGGUUUGGAGAUGGUAAAUCUGCUUCUACAGCAACUAUUCGCUACGUUUUGAGUCCAGGAGCUGAAAAAUCCUAAUUUUUUGCAGAACCAUCGUUCACGUUCGGGUAGAGUUAUCAAAAAUCGAUAUUAUGAAGAGGAUUAUGGAGAUUAUUUAGAAGACGAUGAAGAUAUUGGAACAAGAAGAUCAGAUAGGUAAGGAAUGUUUUGAAAAAUUUAACAAAAAAAAUUGCUCAGGUUAACCACUCGCCAACAAAUGAUGUUGGCCAUCAACGAAUCGAAACGUGUUCACAAGGAACGGGAGCGUCCGGCAAGUGCGGCAUCACUGGCAGCCACCGCGGCGCCGCCAAGUCGCAAGCGAAAACGUAUAGUGAUUGAUGACGAGGCGGAAGAUGAUGCCGCGGAAAACGCGGCAGACAUUCCAGAUGAUGAGGAAAUGGAUGUUCAGAUUCCAACGAUUUCAUCGCGACGAACUUCGCGUCGCAUGUCGAAAUCGAAUGAACCGGAUGAAGGUGACACGGCUCCAAAACAUACUCUUUUAAAAUCUAAAUUUCAGUCGAAAAAGAGCACGAUUCACCGGUUCGUCGAAGUUCACGUCGAAAUAAACACAUUGAAGAUGACGAUGCGAAAGAAGAGGGGGAAAAGAAAGAGGGCGAUGACGUGGCAAAUGACGAGAAAGGCGAUGGUUUGGAAGGGAAUGAAGAAGAAGAAGAGGAUGAUGAUGAUGACGAAGAAGUUAAAGAUGUAAGCGGUUUAUUCCAAAAGUUGACACAGAAAUCAGAAAAAUGA